AAUUAUUGAGGAGAGGAAACGGCGCGGAGAGAUUCCGGGAGUAGCGCCGCCGGGGAAGACGGGAGGCUUCCAAGAUGGCGUCGGUGGCGGAUUGAGCGCGGCACUCCGCUGUCGCCCUCCUCGGCUUCCACGCGCUGCGCGGCUGACCGAGAGAGUUCGAGCGGCUAAUUUUCCGGGAGGGGCGGCGUCGGCAGGAGGAGGAAGAGUCGCUCCCUCGCAGGCCCCCGCGUGUGUGGCCAUGACCACCAUGGAGAAGCUGAUGAAGGCCUUCGAGUCCCUCCGCUCUUUUCAGCAACAGCAGAGUCCCGCGGCCACAGUCGCAGCAGCAGCGGCGGCAGCAGCAGCAGCAGCAGCAACCACCACCGCGACCGUCCCCUCAGCUGCCGCGGCCGCUGUUCCAGAGGAGCCACCUCAGAGACCAAAGAAAGAACUUUCCACCACUAAGAAAGAUCGAGUGAAUCAUUGCCUAACAAUAUGUGAAAAUAUAGUUGCUCAGUCUUUAAGGAAUUCUCCAGAAUUUCCAAAAUUGCUUGGCAUUGCUAUGGAACUUUUUCUUCUCUGUAGCGAUGAUGCGGAGUCAGAUGUAAGGAUGGUUGCUGAUGAAUGUCUCAAUAAAGUUAUAAAAGCUUUGAUGGACAACAGCCUUCCUAGGUUACAGUUAGAACUCUAUAAAGAAAUUAAAAAGAAUGGUGCUUCUAGAAGUCUGCGUGCUGCCCUUUGGAGGUUUGCUGAACUUGCACAUCUUGUUCGACCCCUGAAAUGCAGGCCAUAUUUAGUGAACCUUUUGCCCUGCUUAACUCGAGUAAGCAAGCGAACUGAAGAAUCUGUACAAGAGACACUGGCAGCAGCAAUACCAAAAAUCAUGGCAGCUUUCGGAAACUUUGCAUAUGACAAUGAAAUUAAGGUUUUAUUGAAGGCUUUCAUAGCUAACCUUAAAAGCAGUUCUCCAACUAUCCGUCGAACGGCUGCUGCUUCAGCAGUAAGCAUCUGCCAACAUUCUCGAAAAACACAGUAUUUUUAUUCGUGGCUACUGAAUGUACUAUUAGAUUUACUAUUUCCCAUAGAAGAUGAAUAUCCCAGUGUCUUAAUUCUUGGAGUAUUGCUCACCUUAAGGUAUCUAAUACCUUUAUUGCAGCAGCAAGUGAAAGAUACAAGUCUUAAAGGUAGUUUUGGUGUGAUACGGAAGGAAAUGGAAAUUUCUCCCUCCUUAGACCAGCUCAUACAGGUUUAUGAAUUGACUUUACAUUAUACUCAGCACCAGGAUCAUAAUGUUGUGACUGGUGCCUUAGAACUAUUGCAACAGCUUCUCAGAACACCACCUCCUGACGUCCUCCUUGCUCUGACUACUGAGGGUGGCAUUGCACAAGUUAGUGUAUCUAAAGAUGAGACCACCAGCAGAAACCGCAGUGACAGCAUAGUAGAACUUACAGCUGAAGGGGUGUCUUCAUGCAGUCCUGUUUUUUCCAGAAAACAAAAAGCUAAAGUGCUUCUAGGAGAAGAAGCUUUGGAAGAUGAUUCUGAAACAAGAUCUGAGGUCAGCAAUACAAGUUUUACAGCUUCUAUGAAUAGUGAGCUAGCCAAUGAAUUAACUUCGUCAUCAGGCGUGUCAACAGCUGCGUCAGUAGGAAGCUCAGUAGCUGAUUCAUCAGGGCAUGACAUCAUAACUGAGCAGCCACGUUCUCAGCACACAUUGCAGUCUGAGUCGGACUUGACAAGUUCUACUAACAAAGAAGAUGCUGACGAUAGUGGCGGUAGCAGAAGCUCCAGUCAAAUCAGUGCUGUCCAGUCAGACCCUACAGGAGACAUAAAUGAUGGCACUCAGGCUUCCUCUCCCAUCAGUGACAGCUCUCAGACGACUACAGAAGGCCCAGAUUCAGUUGUUACACCUUCAGACAGUUCUGAAACUAUUCUAGAGAGUGCUGACAACCAAUAUUCUGGAAUGCAGAUUGGACAGCUGCAUGAUGAAGAUGAUGAAACUGCAAAUGUUCUCCAGGAUGAGACCAUUGAUCCUUUCAGGAACUCUUGUCUUGGCUUUCAGCAACCACAUUUAUUAAAAAGCAUGGGUCAUAGCAGACAGCCAUCCAACAGUAGUGUGGAUAAAUUUAUGUCAAAAGAAGAAAUGGAGCUUGGUGAUCAUGACAAUAAGCUCUCCAGGAUAAAAGGAGAUAUAGGAUGUUAUACUGAUGGAAGUGCUGCUCCGCUAGUUCACUGUGUUCGUCUCCUGUCAGCUUCUUUUCUGCUUACAGGGGAGAAAGGUGCACUGGUACCUGAUAAAGAUGUAAGAGUCAGUGUUAAAGCCUUAGCAGUAAGUUGUGUAGGAGCAGCUGUUGCCCUCCAUCCUGAAGCUUUCUUCAGCAAGCUAUAUAAAAUGCCUUUUGAAGCCACCAAAGAAGCAUAUGAAGAACAGUAUGUAUCGGAUAUUGUGAAUUACAUUGAUCAUGGUGAUCCCCAGAUUAGAGGAGCAACUGCUAUACUAUGCGGAACAAUUGUUUAUUCCAUACUUAGUAAAUCUCGCUUUGAUGUGGCAAACUGGCUGGCAGGCAUAAGAACUUCAACAGGAAACAGUUUUUCACUGGUCGACUGUAUACCUUUGUUACAAAGAACUCUGAAAGAUGAAUCUUCAGUUACGUGCAAGCUGGCUUGUACAGCUGUGAGACAUUGCAUCAUGAGUUUGUGCAGUAGCAGCUAUAGUGCCUUCGGUUUACAGUUGAUUGUUGACCUCCUUACACUGAGAAAUAGUUCCUAUUGGCUGGUACGGACUGAACUCCUGGAAACUCUUGCGGAGAUAGAUUUCCGGUUAGUCAAUUUUUUGGAAGGAAGGGCCAGCCAUUUGCACAGAGGUGCUCAUCAUUAUACUGGGUUAUUGAAACUUCAGGAUCGUGUACUCAAUAAUGUAGUCAUUUCUCUGCUUGGAGAUGAAGAUCCCAGAGUGCGGCACGUUGCUGCAGCUUCUUUAGUAAGGCUGGUUCCAAAGCUGUUCUAUAAUUGUGACCAAGGACAAGCUGAUCCAGUAGUAGCAGUGGCAAGGGACCAAAGCAAUGUCUAUCUAAAACUGCUAAUGCAUGAAACUCAACCUGCUUCUCAUUUUGCAGUAAGCACUAUCACCAGAACAUACAGAGGAUAUAAUGUGCUACAAAGUCCAACGGAUGUCACAAUGGAAAAUAACCUUUCUAGGGUUGUUUCAUUAGUUACCCAUGCCUUGACAACAUCAUCAACAAGAUCUCUAACAUUUGGCUGCUGUGAAGCUUUGUGUCUUCUCUCCACAUCGUUUCCAGUUUGCACCUGGAAUGUAGGAUGGCAUUGUGGCUCUUCCCUACUGGGCUCUGCAGAGGACUCUCAAAAGAGUUGCACUAUUGGAAUGGCUGGUUUGGUUCUGUCCCUUCUUUCAUCAGCUUGGUUCCCACUAGAUCUGUCUGCCCAUCAAGAUGCUUUGAUAUUGACUGGAAACCUACUUGCAGCUAGUGCUUCGAAAUCUUUAAAAAACCCUUGGACUGCUGAGGAUGACAGUAAUGCUGGUGCUGCUAAGCAGGAGGAACCUUGGCCAGCUCUAGCAGACAGGACUCUUGUUGUCUUGGUGGAACAGAUUUUUUCCCAUUUGCUGAAGGUCAUUAAUAUUUGUGCUCACGUAAUGGAUGAUGUUGUUCCUGGCCCAACAAUCAAGACAACAUUACCCUCCCUAACAAAUCCACCUUCUCUGAGCCCAAUUCGGCGCAAAGGAAAAGAGCGAGAAGUUGCUGAACAGACUUCUGUACCAAUGAGCCCUAAAAAGAGCAAUGAAAACAGUCCAGCUCCUAGGCAAACUGAUGCUUCAGGUCCAGUUCCUACAAGCAAAUCAUCAUCACUGGGCAACUUCUAUCACCUUCCUUCCUAUCUCAAGCUGUAUGAUGUUUUGAAAGCUACCCAUGCCAAUUAUAAGGUUACAUUGGAUCUCCAGAAUAGCAAUGAAAAGUUUGGUGCAUUUCUGCGAUCUUCCCUAGAUGUUCUCUCUCAAAUUUUAGAGCUUGCAACUCUUCAAGACAUUGGAAAAUAUGUUGAAGAAAUUUUGGGUUAUCUGAAAUCCUGUUUCAACAGAGAACCAAUGAUGGCAACUGUGUGUGUACAGCAGUUGCUGAAGACAUUAUUUGGCACAAACCUGGCUUCACAAUAUGAUUGCUUGUCUUCAAACACAAGUAGAUCUCAAGGCAAAGUGCAGCGCUUGGGCUCUUCAAACCUGAGGCCUGGGCUUUAUCAUUAUUGUUUCAUGGCUCCUUACACACAUUUUACGCAGGCGCUUGCUGAUGCUAGUUUAAGGAAUAUGGUUCAGGCUGAACAUGAACAUGAUACUUCUGGCUGGUUUGAUGUGUUGCAAAAGGUGUCUACGCAACUGAAAACUGGCAUGACAAGUGCAACAAAGCAUCGUGCUGACAAGAAUGUCAUUCAUAAUCACAUUCGUUUGUUUGAGCCCCUUGUUAUCAAAGCUUUAAAGCAAUACACUACGACAACAUCUGUACAGCUGCAGAGGCAAGUUUUGGAUCUCCUUGCACAACUUGUUCAGCUACGGGUUAACUACUGUCUUCUAGACUCUGAUCAGGUGUUCAUUGGAUUUGUGCUAAAGCAGUUUGAAUACAUUGAAGUGGGACAGUUCAGGGAAUCGGAAGCAAUUAUUCCUAGUAUUUUUUUCUUCCUGGUAUUACUGUCUUAUGAGCGCUACCACUCCAAACAGAUAAUUGGAAUUCCUAAAAUUAUUCAACUCUGUGAUGGAAUAAUGGCCAGUGGAAGAAAAGCUGUCACGCAUGCAAUACCAGCUCUGCAACCCAUUGUUCAUGAUCUUUUUAUAUUAAGAGGAGCAAACAAAGCUGAUGCUGGUAAAGAACUGGAAACACAAAAAGAAGUGGUGGUCUCAAUGUUGUUGAGGCUAAUCCAGUACCAUCAGGUGCUGGAAAUGUUCAUCUUAGUAUUGCAACAAUGUCACAGGGAGAAUGAGGACAAGUGGAAAAGAUUGUCUCGACAGAUAGCAGACAUAAUUCUUCCAAUGUUAGCAAAACAGCAGAUGCAUAUAGAUUCCCAUGAAGCUCUGGGAGUAUUGAACACUCUAUUUGAAAUAUUGGCACCAUCUGCCCUCCGUCCCGUGGACAUGCUUUUAAGGAGCAUGUUUGUUACCCCCAGUACAAUGGCCUCAGUGAGCACCGUUCAGUUAUGGAUAUCUGGCAUUCUUGCUAUCCUCCGGGUUCUGAUUUCACAGUCUACAGAAGACAUUGUUCUUUCUCGUAUUCAAGAACUCUCCUUUUCACCAUACUUAAUCUCAUGGCAAACAAUUAACAGGUUACGAAAUGGUGAAAAUGUAGUUGCCUCAACUGAAGAACAAAUGGUGGAACAGGAAGGUAAAUAUCUGCCUGAAGAGACAUUUUCCAGGUUCUUGUUGCAGUUAGUGGGUAUCCUGUUGGAAGAUAUUACUACCAAACACUUGAAUGUAGAUAUGAAUGAACAACAGCACACCUUCUAUUGCCAAGAGUUGGGCACGUUGCUUAUGUGCUUGAUUCAUACCUUCAAAUCUGGUAUGUUCAGAAGAAUCACAGCUGCAGCCACUAGGCUCUUCACAGGAGAUGGAUCUGGUGGUGGUUUCUAUACCCUUGAAAGCUUAAAUGAUCUUGUUCAGUCCAUGAUACCCACACAUCCUUCUUUAGUACUCCUCUGGUGUCAAAUCUUACUGCUUGUCAAUUAUACCAACAGUAGCUGGUGGUCAGAGGUACAUCGAACUCCAAAGAGGCACAGUCUUUCUGCUACUAAAUUGCUUAGCCCUCAGAUAUCUGGAGACAGUGAUGAGACAAAUUCUGAAUGCAAACUUGGCAUGUGUAAUCGAGAGAUUGUCCGAAGAGGGGCACUUAUCCUUUUUUGUGAUUAUGUGUGCCAAAACCUGCAUGAUUCAGAACACUUAACUUGGCUGAUAGUGAAUCAUGUUCAGGAUCUUAUUGACCUCUCUCAUGAACCUCCCGUGCAAGACUUCAUUAGUGCAGUUCACAGAAAUUCAGCAGCCAGCGGUCUUUUCAUCCAAGCAAUUCAGUCACGAUGCGAAAACUUUGCAGCUCCAACCACGGUAAAGAAGACACUACAAUGCUUAGAGGGGAUUCAUCUCAGCCAGUCGGGUGCUGUGUUAAUGUUGUAUGUGGACAAACUUUUAUGUACUCCAUUCCGUGUGCUGGCUCGCAUGGUUGACACUCUUGCUUGCCGUCGAGUAGAAAUGCUUUUAGCUGCAACAUUGCAGAACAGUAUUGGUCAGUUACCAGUUGAAGAACUAGACAGAAUUCAGGAAUAUCUUCAGAACAGUGGAUUAGCACAAAGGCACCAAAGACUGUAUUCACUCUUGGAUAGGUUCCGCCUUACAGUAGCCCCAGAAACAAUUAGCCCAUCACGUUUGGUAACUUCACACCCACUGGAUGGGGAGAACCAGCCAGCUCUAGAAACUGUAAUUCCAGAUAAAGGCUGGUAUGUUUCACUAGUGAGCUCACAGUGCUACAUGAAUUCAACUUCAGCUCUGCUAGAAGGUGCAGAGUUGGUGAAUCGGCUUCCUCAACCUGAAUUGAGUUCUUUCAUGAUCCAUAAGGACUUCAACAUAAAUUUGCUUGCUCCAUGCUUAAGCCUUGGCAUGAGUGAAUUCUCUAAAGACCAGAAAAACCUUUUUGAAACUGCACGCAGGGUAACUCUCAGUCAUGUGACUGCUGUAGUACAAAAACUUCCCAUCAGCCAUCAUGUUUUUCAGCCAUUGCAGCCAAUUGAAACAUCAACAUACUGGAGCAAGCUGAGUGAUAUCUUUGGAGACACAGAGAUGUAUCAAUCUACAAUGAUCCUGUCUCGUGCUUUAAGUCAGUAUCUUGUGCUGCUUUGCAAACUGCCAAUCUCUCUUCGCAUUCCACCUGACAAAGAGAGUGACAUUCUGAAGUUUGUUGUAAUGUCAUUAGAGAUACUUUCAUGGCAUUUAAUACAUGAACAUAUUCCACUAAGUAUAGAUCUUCAGGCUGUUUUGGAUUGCUGCUGUUUGACAUUACAACAAUUUAAUUUAUGGAACUUAUUGGCUUCGGCAUCAUAUAUGACACAUGCCUGCUCCUUAAUCAACUGUAUCAGAUUCAUCAUAGAAGCAGUGGCAGUUGAGCCUGGAAAUCGGCUUCUUAGUCCAGAAAGGAAAAAAAAUCUUGCAAAAGCUGCCAGUGGGGAUGAAGUGGAUUCACAAGCAUCAAAACUUGAGCAUAUUACAGCAACAUGUGAAAUAGUAGCUGAAUUGGUGGAGUGUUUGCAAUCUGUCUUGGCUUUGGGACACAAGAGAAACAACCGUAUCCCAGCAUUCCUCACCCCUGUUCUGAAAAACAUCAUCAUUAGCUUGUCCAGGCUGCCCUUAGUGAACAGCUAUGCAAGAGUUCCUCCUUUGGUCUGGAAAUUGGGUUGGUCUCCAAAGCCUACUGGUGACUUUGGCACAACUUUUCCAGAAAUCCCUGUAGAAUUUCUUCAAGAGAGAGAAAUAUUCAAGGAGUUCAUAUAUCGAAUUAAUACGCUAGGCUGGACAAACCGCAUGCAAUUUGAAGAGACUUGGGCUACGCUUCUUGGUGUGCUUGUAACCCAGCCAAUUGUAAUGGAUCAAGAGGAAAACCAGCAAGAGGAAGACACAGAAAGGACCCAAAUAAAUGUUUUAGCUGUUCAGGCCAUAACAUCUUUGGUACUGAGUGCAAUGACGAUACCCCUUGCAGGCAAUCCAGCAGUUAGCUGCUUGGAACAGCAACCUCGAAACAAAGCUUUAAAAGCCCUGGAUACAAGCUCCAGGUUUGGUAGGAAAUUAAACGUUAUCAGAGGAAUUGUGGAACAAGAAAUCCAAGAAAUGGCAUCUAAGAGAGACAAUAUUGCCACCCACCACUUGUACCAAACUUGGGAUCCUAUUCCAUCUCUGGCCCCUUCUGCUACAGGUACUCUUCUUAGCCACGAAAAACUUUUACUGCAGAUCAAUACAGAGCGUGAAAUGGGCAACAUGGGCUAUAAACUAGGACAGGUCUCCAUCCACUCCGUGUGGCUAGGAAAUAACAUUACACCAUUGCGGGAAGAAGAGUGGGAUGAAGAUGAAGAUGAUGAGAGUGAGAUGCCCGCUCCUUCCUCACCACCAUCCUCUCCCCUCAAUUCCAGGAAACAUCGUGCUGGUGUAGAUAUUCAUUCUUGUUCUCAGUUCUUGCUGGAGUUGUAUAGUCGGUGGAUCCUACCAUCAAGCCCAAGCAAGAGGACACCAGUUAUUCUGAUCAGUGAAGUUGUUCGAUCUCUUUUAGCAGUGUCUGACUUAUUUACAGAAAGGAAUCAGUUUGAAAUGAUGUAUACAACAUUAACAGAACUGCGAAAGGUGCACCCAUCAGAAGAUGAGAUCCUUAUUCAGUAUUUAGUACCAGCUAUAUGUAAGGCAGCUGCUGUUCUUGGAAUGGAUAAAGCUGUAGCAGAGCCAGUAAGCCGUCUGCUGGAAUCAACACUACGUAGCACUCACAUGCCAAGCCGAAUAGGAGCUCUGCAUGGAAUCCUUUACAUCCUUGAGUGUGACCUGCUGGAUGAGACAGCAAAGCAGCUCAUUCCAAUUAUCACUGAAUAUCUCCUUUCCAAUCUGAGAGGAAUAGCCCACUAUGUGAAUGUCCACAAUCAGCAGCAUGUCUUAGUAAUGUGUGCAGUGGCAUUCUAUUUAAUAGAAAACUACCCACUUGAUGUAGGACCUGAAUUCUCUUCAGGAAUUAUACAGAUGUGUGGAGUGAUGUUGUCUGGAAGUGAAGAAUCAACACCAUCCAUUAUUUAUCAUUGUGUUUUGAGAGGUUUAGAACGGCUACUUCUUUCAGAGCAACUCUCUAGACUGGAUAGUGAAGCACUAGUCAAGUUGAGUGUAGACCGAGUGAAUGUGCAGAGCCCCCACAGAGCCAUGGCAGCACUGGGGUUAAUGCUGACUUGCAUGUAUACAGGGAAAGAGAAAAUCAGCCCAGGACGAGUUACAGAUCACAAUCAAGUAGUCCCAGAUAGUGAAUCUGUGAUUGUCGCAAUGGAGAGAGUUUCUGUUCUUUUUGACAGGGUCAGAAAAGGAUUUCCCUUUGAAGCAAGAGUAGUAGCUCGCAUCCUCCCUCAGUUUCUUGAUGACUUUUUCCCUCCACAAGAUGUAAUGAACAAAGUUAUUGGAGAAUUUUUAUCUAAUCAACAGCCAUACCCACAAUUUAUGGCAACUGUAGUAUAUAAGGUAUUUCAGACAUUGCAUACCACCGGCCAGUCAUCCAUGGUUCGUGACUGGGUGAUGCUGUCGCUCUCCAAUUUCACACAGAGAACACCUGUCGCCAUGGCAAUGUGGAGUCUGUCUUGUUUCUUUGUCAGUGCUUCCACCAGCCAGUGGAUUUCAGCAAUUCUUCCACAUAUUAUCAGCAGAAUGGGAAAAUCAGAACAAGUGGACAUUAACCUCUUCUGCUUAGUGGCUGUUGACUUUUACAGACAUCAGAUAGAUGAAGAACUAGAUCGCAGAGCCUUUCAGUCUGUGUUUGAGGUGGUAGCAUCACCAGGAACUCCAUAUGAUCGCCUGCUAAUUUGUCUGAGAAAUGUACACAAGGUCACAGCAUGCUGAAGAAGUGGCAGAGUGAUAAAAUGGAUACAUGGGAUAUUGAAAUUUGCUGGCUUGUCUGGACUCUUGCAUAUGAGAAAAUUUACAAAUGUUCAGGAUCUAUCCUGAGUUUGUGCUUUUGUGUCUGUUUCCAUCCUUUGCAUGAAGCUGAACCAACUUCUGCCAUGAAACUACUUCAAAUGUGUAGAUAGAACAUGGUUGUUAGUGGGAGGUCAUGCUAAUAGGAUUAUGGGCCCAUUUUCUGUAAUGUUUGGGAGAAACUUGAGCAUCAGCUACUGUGUAAGAUACAUAUAAUACUGAAUGCAAAGCAAAUAUGUUCAACUGAAGUCACAUUGCUAUGGCUAAUAUUGACCCUGAUGAAUAUUCAGUCCCACAAUGCAAGCUGCAUUCAUUAUAAAGCAAAAUGCUUUAGUUUUAUGUAGCUGUAUAUAUUCAAUUGUGGCAUAAUAGUAACCAGAGGUUCUUUUUCCUAAUGUCUGUUAUUAAAAAACAAAAUGGGGAAAAAUUAACACACCCGCCAUGUACUAGUUUCUGUGUCUGGAUACUCUCUAAGAUACUGUGGUGUACCUGUUGGUGUUGGUGGGUGCAAGGAUGGAGGAGGGAAAGGGUGGACAUAUAAAACCCACACUUCCUUUUUUGCCUCAGGAUUUAAAAUUUGAAACAAUAUAUUGGUAAAAGAAAUUUUAACUUCUAUAAAUAUUUCUAUAUCAUGUAUAGUAUGUAAAGUGGUGUGGCACAAGAAAAGCGCUUGCACUUUGAAUUUAACAAUGGCCACUCUGACUGAAUGUCUUGACAUCAAUAGUUCUGCCCUCAGUUUCAUAUUGUUUGUUCCUUCUCAUGUGUAUAUAUAUAUAUUUUUUAAAAAUCACAUUGAUGUUCAGGUUACAUUUUAAGCCCUAUAUUUCAUCUUUUGUAUGUUACUGUUUGAAAAACUGGAAUAUAUAUUGAUUAGUUUAAAUUGGAUACAAGAGGUCAUUAAUUUUUUUUAUAGAUGCUUUGGGUUUACUCUGAGAAAGGACUAGACACUCGGAAAGCCUUUUUAAGUGCACUGCAUGUUUUAGGAAAGAAAGGGUUUUUGUGGAAAGCCAUUCACUGCUACACCUUUUCCCGAUAAGUUCUCUGACUGUAAUCAUGCAGUCAUCUGAAUUGAGAAAACACUCACUGUGUACUGCAUGUAGAUUAAGGAACUGGAGUUUCUUUAUGAUGAUUCUGGAGCUGACUCAAGUAUUUGACAGCAGGCAAACAUUUAUUCUGUGUUGGAGCACUUUGCCUGUGUGUGUGUACAACACAAAUAUCAAUACAUCUUACAAUUCUACAUGAAUGGUGCACUCUGGGAAAGAGACUGUUGACUUGAUAUAUGGAAAUAACGGGGCGGCACAGUCCUACAUAGUAUUGGUAUCCAUUUCUGGGUGUGGUGAGUUCAACACAACUGGUUUUCAGUAACAUUACUAUAUCUUUAUUCAUCUCCUAACAUCUUUUGCCAAUAAAACUAUAGUUUUAUCAGGAAGAAUAUGAACUAUAUGCAUUUGUGUAUAUAAUGUAUAUGUAAAAUUAUACAUGUGACUUCAUUUCAUGUAUACAGAUGUGUAUAUUUGUAUUUAUUAAACUGAUGGAUUUAAAUGAAUUCCUGUUCUUAGACAAGCCAUUAUUGCACCUGACCAUAUUUGAUUAAAAAGCAAUUGCUCCA